ACAGCGGACGUGUCAAUCCCAGUCUUCCACCGGACUGUCGUUGACUUUACCAUUGAUGUGAACGCGAGGACAGAAAUAUGGAGGGGGAGCGCCGUUCUUUCUCUUUCUUGGGAGCUUUUUUACUGUGUUUACUUAUUGUGCUGCUGGAGCUAGUCACUGCCGGUAUGCCUCCUUCUUACCCCAUGAGUCAACUUUGUAAGUUCUGUGAUCUGGAGCUUUCCUCUUGUAGUGGUACAGGGACCUGCAUGUCUAACUGCUCCAUUACCUCUAUCUGUAUGGACAGCAACGAGGUCUGUGUCUCUAUUUGGAGGAAGAAUGAGUCAGGCUUCACCAUUGAAACUUUGUGUCAUGACCCAUCCAAGCUGCUCUAUGGUGUUGUGCUGGAUGACUACAACAGCUCCACCUGUGUGAUGAAGGAAAAGAACACAACAAAUGGGAUGGCUCACUUCUGCUCCUGUACUGAUGAGGAGUGUAACGACCAACUGUUUUUCUUCCCCAUUGUGGAUCCAACUCUGGAUGAUCCCUUGGUAUCAGUGAUUCUGGUGAGCCUGCUACCCCUGCUGGUGAUGGGGAUUGUGGUUACAGUAAUGUUCUACUGGUACCGAGGCUAUCGGGGACGCAUAAAUCAAGAAUGGGAGAGUAGCAUUAAGAAGCGCAAACCAAAAGCUGGUGGGCUGGACUGCAGUGACGCCUGCACCAUCAUGAUGGAUGAUGAUAGGUCAGACAGCAGCUCAACGCAUGCCAACAACCUGAACCACAACACUGAGCCACUGCCUUUAGAGCUGGAUCUGCUGGUGGGAAAGGGUCGCUUCGCCCAGGUAUACAAAGCUAAGCUGAAGCAGACCACCUCAGAUCAUUUUGAAACAGUAGCUGUAAAGAUUUUCCCCUAUGAGGAGUAUGCCUCCUGGAAGAAUGAGAAGGACAUCUUCUCCAAUACAGACCUUCGACACGAGAACAUCCUCCACUUCCUGACAGCUGAGGAGAGGAAGGUGGAGAAACAGUACUGGCUCAUCACUGCCUUUCACCACAGAGGAAAUCUUCAGGAGCACCUGACACAUCAUGUGAUCAGCUGGGAGGAGCUGCAGGUACUGGGCAAGUCUCUGGCCCGAGGUGUUGCCCACCUCCACAGUGACCGUCUCCUUUGUGGGCGCCCUAAGGUGCCCAUUGUCCAUCGAGACCUAAAGAGCUCCAAUAUUCUGGUAAAGAAUGACCUGACAUGUUGCCUGUGUGAUUUUGGGCUUGGACUCCAUCUGGACAGCAGCCUGUCUGUGGAUGACCUUGCCAACAGUGGUCAGGUGGGUACGGCACGUUAUAUGGCCCCGGAGGUGCUGGAAGCCCGACUGAAUCUGGAGAACAUUGAGUCUUUCAAACAGACCGACAUUUACUCCAUGGCCCUUGUACUUUGGGAGAUGACAUCAAGGUGUGAAGCCAUUGGAGAGGUGAAGGAAUAUGAGCCUGCAUACGGUUCAAAAGUGCGAGAGCACCCUUGUGUGGAGAGCAUGAAGGACAACGUGCUGAGAGACAGAGGAAGACCUGAGAUCCCCGGCACCUGGCUCAGGCAUCAGGGGGUGGCGGUUAUUUGCGCCACCAUCACGGAAUGCUGGGACCAUGACCCAGAGGCCAGACUUACUGCCCACUGUGUUGCUGAACGCAUCUCUGAGUUGGAGGAUGAGAUGGACAAACUGUCCAGCUGCAGCUCCUCAGCAGAGAAGAUCCCGGCAGAGCUGAAGAUCCCGAUAGAGGUAGAGAUUCUGGGCGAGGAGGUGAAAAUCACAGAAAUACAGGACAUCAUAGCUGUGGACUGCUCUUUGAGUGAUGAGAAGUGAGUGGAAGCUCUGUAUCUUCAAAGACUAUGAGGGCACUUACUCUGCUUUAAUGAGACUGAAGAAAGAAAUCUCAGCUGUGAUGUCAGGAAUUGACCUCCUGUAUCCCAGGACUUUUAAUUAAGUCACAGUGUCAUGUUAUUCUAGCCCAAGAAAGAGGGACUUCACCACUUCUUAUAUGAAAUAGCCUGCCUUAAUCAGCUAAAAAGCUAAAGAACCAAAGUUAAGUGAAAGCUUACAAAAAGGUGCUUAUUAUGUUAACAGUGUUUCAUGAGUGUUUGACUAGAUGCUUACUGAGCAAAAAAGGUGAAAUAGUUAUCAAACUAAAGACAUUUGAUGUGCACUUUAUGAUUUGAUACUUAUGCAUUACAGUUCUCUGAUAGAGUCAAACAUUUUGGAGCUAAGAGGAGUUUGUGCUUGUAAAUGUCUUUGUGUGUCUGACUUUGAGCCAAAGUGUCACCAGAGAUGUCACCUUAACACUAGUGAUGCUACGGACUCCAUCCUUAAAUCUUGUUUGUUUUAACUCAUUGAGUGCCAGCCCUCAUUAUACAAUGGAAAGUGGCUUGUGCCAGCUUUUCUGGCCAUUUUGAGUCAUCUUUCAAGACCCACAGAAUAUUUUGUACAAAGACUAUGAAAACACAGAGUAGCUCAAAUGAAAGGAGAAACUCUCCUUUUUGUCAUGGACAAAAAUGUUUGUUUGCACCUUGU